AUGACAAUCUCUACUCGGAUCCGUGGUGAAGUGUUUACAUCGCAGUCAGGGGAUAAGAACCUGUGUGACUUCAUGGAAGCACCUCUUGGUCCACCGCUCAUUCGUCUUCCAACGAGUCAGCCACCGCAAAAUGUCGAGGGCACCUGUAACAAGAAGAAGAUAGCCAUGAAGACAACAAAGGUUAUAGCUGAGCAGGUGGUAGUACCGGAAAUCCGGGAGAAGUCACAAUGUCAUGGAGUACCCUGGACGAAGGACGAACACGACCGAUUCCUUCAGGGUCUCGAGCUUUUUCCAUCCGGGCCGUGGAAGUAUGUCGCUUCUUAUGUCGGUACUCGUACACCACGUCAAACCAUGACACAUGCACAGAAACACCGUCAAAAGAUUCAGCGUCAAGAGCGUAAGUACUUUAUGGAGUCCUUAGCACAGCCUGUACCUAUGACGCCAGUAGCGUACGAUGGCUUUGUGGUUCCUACCAACGUUAAAGAUCAAGCAUUCCAACAAUCACCUAAGGCAGUAGACCGUCGACUGGACAUCAAUGAGCAAGCGGUUCCUCUACAGAACAACGGGGAUGAUAAAGUCGAGUUGGGUGAGCUCUCUCCAUCCUUUCAAGCUUUUUGUGAGCUUUAUGGCUAUGCGGUUUUCCCCAGGGACGACGAGAAACCAGUCAAUGGUGUCAACUGCGACUUCCCCAGGACCGAGAGUACGAUGCUGUAG